AUUGAGCAUCAAUUUAAAAAACUGUUUGAUUUUAUUUGACUUUUAAAAUGGUUCAGUUUUAGAGUGUGUUGAAACCAAACCGUGAACACCGUGUGCUCAUUUCCACCACCAACACCCCUCCACUUGAAAUUCCGGCCACCGGCGUCCACCUAAACUUCCAGCCGCCACCACCGUCAACCGACCACCUAAUGACGAUGGCAAUGGGGUUUAUGACUCCAAUCAGAUGCAAUGCAACACCCAUUAUCAAUUCCCACUCGCUUGAUGCGUCGUACAUGAAACGCGCCGCCGAACUUUCCGACAAAUCCGCCGGUUUCACUUCCCCACAUCCUAACUUUGGCUGCGUGAUUGCAACAACAACCGGAAAAGUUGUCGGAGAAGGGUAUCUUUAUGCACAGGGAACAAAGCCGGCGGAGGUUCAGGCGGUGGAGGCCGCCGGAGAGUUUUCCCGUGGCGCCACUGCGUAUGUUAAUAUGGAACCUGGUGACUGCCAUGGUGAUUUUACAGCCAUUUCUUCUAUUAUUCAGUCAGGAAUCACUAGAGUUGUUAUCGGGAUCAGACAUCCGUUACAACAUCUUAGGGGAAAAGCUAUUCACACGUUAAGAAACGAAGGCCUGCAAGUCGAUGUUCUUGGGGAGGAUAUAAGAAAUUCAUCCAUUGAGGAUGCUCUAAAAUCCUGUCUCGUUGUCAAUGCUCCUUUGCUUUAUAGAUCAGCUUCCCGUGUCCCAUUCUCGGUUCUGAAGUAUGCAAUGACCCUUGAUGGAAAAAUUGCUGCUAGUAGUGGGCAUGCAUCGUGGAUAAGUAGCAAGCAGUCUAGAUCUCGAGUUUUUGAAUUACGUGGUAGAAGUGAUGCGGUUAUUGUAGGAGGAAAUACUGUGCGCAAAGAUAAUCCGCGGUUAACUCCAAGACAUGGAGGUGGACAUUUACCUAUGCGAAUUGUUAUGUCACAAACUCUUGAUCUUCCUGAGGUUGCAAAUCUAUGGGAUGUCAGUGAGGUGCCCACAAUGGUCGUCACUCAGAGAGGUGCAAGAAGAAGUUUUCAGAAGUUUCUUGCAUCAAAAGGUGUUGAAGUAGUGGAAUUUGACAUCUUGAAUCCCAGAGAUGUUGUGGACUACCUUUAUGAUCGUGGUCAUCUUUCGAUUUUGUGGGAAUGUGGAGGGACAUUAUCUGCUUCAGCUAUUUCUUCUGGUGUUAUACACAAGGUGCAUGCUUUUGUUGCUCCUAAAAUAAUCGGCGGAAAGAAUGCACCUUCUCCGGUUGGGGAACUUGGAAUGGUUGAAAUGACACAAGCUUUAGAGUUAAUUGAUAUCUCUUAUGAGCAGAUAGGAUCUGAUGUGCUUAUUAGUGGAUAUCUGCAACCCAUUCCUGAUUUGACACCUGUGAUUCCUUCAGUUGAUGAAACUUCAGUGAUUGAUCCAUCUUUAUCUCCUUAUGAAUCGCAAAUCAUAUUCUUCUAUAAGACAUGGGACCCAUAUGGAAGUUUCUCCAACUUUUCUCCUCAUCCAAUUCAGCUGCCUGAUGAAAGUGGUAGUUUUGUCAGUUGGUCAAGUGUAGAGCACUUUUAUCAGGCACACAAGUUUGUGGGGUCAAGCAAUCCUAAUGCUAGAAGUUAUGUUGAAGCAAUAUAUAUGACAAAAAGUCCUGAAGAAGCUGCACGAAUGGGAAGGAAAAUACAAAGGGAGCAUCCAGAUAUGGUAAGAUCUGAUUGGGAAAGCGUGAAGACUGUAGUGAUGUACAAAGCAUUAAAAUGCAAGUUCUCGAUUUACCCACACUUGAAAUCGAUGCUUUUAUCAACUACCGGUUGUGUACUGGUUGAAGCUUCUCCUCAUGAUCUCUUUUGGGGUGGAGGCCGAGACGGUGAAGGCCUCAAUUAUUUAGGGCGGUUACUUAUGAUGUUAAGAUCCGAGUUUCUAGGGGACGACACAAACAAGCCUGAGUUCUCUGCAGAUUUUGCUGAAUCACAAUCAUAAAUACAUUUGAUAUGGUCUUAUUGCUUGUGUGGUUUUGAGCAGAAGUUAGUACAUUAAUUUGCAAUGUAUAUGUACCAUGUCGUGGACAUUUUAUUUGUAUCAAUUAACAGUGUAUACAAGGAAAGAAAGAAAAAAAACGAAAAAAAUAGAUGUUAUACAUGAAUACUUGGUUGAUUUGGUUCA